AUGGUUUUUUUAAGAAGUAUAGGAAUUGGGGUUUUUCAUUCUACAGUUGAUGAAGGGACCAAUACCUUAGAAACUCCCAUUCAUGAAAAGGUAGUAGGUCAAGAUGAUAUGGGUGGUUUGUUAAGAGAAGCCUUUAGGGAUGACAUUCCAGAUUCUCUUUUUGAAUCCCAAAACAUGCAACAAGAAGAGGCUUCAUAUGAUAUGCACGAAAUAGGAGGUUCAUACGAUAUGCAAGAAGAGUUUGAUUUUCAUUGUGAUGUAGGUGAUGUAAAUCCAUCUUCUAACUCUAGCGAAGAAGAUGUCAAGUAUAAAAGACUAAUGGAUGCUUCUUAUGACGGUUUAUACGAGGGGUGCACUACUUUCUCAAAGUUAUCGUUUCUUUUGCACUUGUUUCACCUUAAGUGUAUGUUCCACUGGCCUGCUGAGUCAUUCACUAAAUUGCUUGAAAUUUUAGUAGAUGCAUUUCCUUCAAUCAAUGAGUUUCCAUCGUCUUACUAUGAGGGCAUGAAUAUAAUUAAGGACUUGGGAUUAGGUUAUGAGAAAAUUGAUGCAUGUCCAAAUGAUUGCAUGUUAUAUUGGGGUGAAUUUGCAGAAAAAAAUGAGUGUCAUGUUUGUCAUACAUCAAGGUGGAAAAUUGCAAAAGGGAAGGAAGGUGAUUCAAGUGAAAAAGGUAAAGAAUCGUGUAAAAAGGGUGAGUCAGCUAAGGUAUUGCGAUACUUUCCUCUUAUCCCUAGAUUAAAAAGACUUUAUAUGUCAUCUAAAACAGCAGAGGACAUGAGAUGGAAUUUUGGUCGAAAGGAUGAUAAGGUUCUACGGCACCCAGCAGAUGGUGAGGCUUGGAAAAAAAUUGAUGAAAGAUAUCAAGAAUUUGCCGCUGAUCCUCGUAUUGUUAGGUUGGGUCUAGCAAGUGAUGGUUUCAAUCCAUAUAGUCUUAUGAGUUCUAAUUAUAGUACUUGGUGUAUGGUCUUAAUUCCAUAUAAUUUACCACCAUGGCUUUGUAUGAAGCCAUCAUCAUUCAUAUUGUCCUUGAUUGUUCCCGGUAAAUAUAGUCCAGGGAUUGAUAUUGAUGUGUAUUUGCAACCAUUAAUCCAUGAGUUAAAAUUGUUAUGGGAUGGUGUUGAUGCCUUUGAUGCUUAUAGUGGAAAAUACUUUAAAAUGCGAGCAGCCUUACACUCCACUAUAAAUGACUUCCCUGCAUACGCUAUGUUGUCUAGUUGGAGUACAAGAGGUUAUAUACCUUGUCCUUCAUGUGCCCAUUCCACUCACUCAUAUUAUUUUGGUGGUAAAAUUUGCUACCUUGGACAUCGAAAAUGGUUGCCACUUGAUCAUCCUUAUCGUUCUCAAGCCUAUUUAUUUGAUGGGACACAAGAAAAUGAUGUUGCUCCAGUUCCUACAAGUGGGGAAGACAUUUUAAAGGAACAAGAAAGGAUUAAUUAUGUAUAUGGAAAUUAA